AUGGAGGACGCAUUCCUGUGCGGCAAGCACGCACUGAUGCUCCUGCAAGCAAAAUUGGUCGAGCUUCGUUCAAAAGUAGCAAAAGCCAACGUUUCACAGAUUUCAAAGCAGCCGAUAUUAAGGACAAUUUCAGUGUACUGGUCGCACUUACAGCUGGUCCAUGCUGCCGUUCGCGUUUUUCUCCUGCAACUCGCUGCCAAACGCGAUGACACAUCGGCAGCUACCAAGCUACUUGAAUCGCUGAAUUCCGUUGCCGAGGAAGUGCCCGGGUUAGCAGCUUUGGAAAAUGGUUCACCCGGCGAACUUGCGGCCCACGUACGGCAGCUGCGCGCUGAGAAACUGGAAGCCGAGAUCCAGGCGCUGCGAACCGCAGCUAUAGCCCUCAAACCCGACAUUCCUGUUCAGGCGGAUGCGCUGGAGGCUGUGGUGCGGAGCCUGAGCCAACAGGAGCAGGGCUUGGACUUCCAUGUUAGGCAGGUUUGGUGCCGUGGGCCUUUCUCGGCCCCUAUACCGGGCGGUGCGGAUAGCAUCCCCCUGCAACAGGAACUGCUGCUAGUCGAUGAAAUUCGGGAGCGUUUCGGCGGUGGCGCCAACGACUACAGCGCCGAUAACUUCUCCUACGGCUCGACGCCGUAUACUUCAUGGCUAAAGGUGAUGAGAGCAGCCGGGGGCGCGCUUGAAACCGCAAUGCCAUCAUCGACACUGCCGAACCGUGAGUACGUGGUCUGGGGAAGCUCCUGCGGCUGGCUCGUCCUGUACGGCGCACUGACGUACGGAUGGCGCAGCCGUGGCGUUGAGCUGCUGUCACACAUGCACAAUUGUGCGGAGCGAGUGGCGGCGGAGCAGGCUGCUGCAUUGGCGUGUACGGCAGGCGUGCGGUUUACCUGCGGCGACUUGUUGCACGACGAUGUAUCGGCCGCCGGACUGGUCGUACUGGCGGACCAAUGCUGGGACGAUCAGCUGGCAGCGGCUUCCGUCGCCAAGCUGGCACGCGAGUUGCCGAAAGGCGCGCUUUGCGUGUCGUACAAGGGAGCGUCGUUCCCUUGCAGCUUCAAUGCCGGCAGCGGUGGCGUGGAUGGCGCUGGCAGUGGGGAUGGCGCUGGCAGUGGGGAUGGCGCUGGCAGUGGGGAUGGCGCUGGCAGUGGGGAUGGCGCUGGCAGUGGGGAUGGCGCUGGCAGUGGGGAUGGCGCUGGCGACGUAAGACUCGGAUGCGUUUUCAAAGAAAUUGCAGUAGUAUGCGCGCCACCCGCGGCUGUGGGGCGGAUUGCUGUGGCCGCUGGCGCUUCGGGGAUAAACAUCACAGACAGCACCGAAAUUCACCCAGCUUUCGUUACCAUUUGCCCGCACGGGCAUUCCGACUUGCGGUCUGCCGCACUGUCCAUGCGGCAUGCACCCGGAAUGCCGGAGGGGCCCCGCCCUUUUUCCGGCUUCCUUGAAGCCGACACCCAACUUGUUCUAGGAAAAAUGGCUGAUGCUGAUGCUGGGCCAUCAAAACCACCAGUUUCGAAGAUUCCUAAAGCAACAUACACUUAUGGCAACAAGGAGCUAGACGCUCCAGCCUACGCGGAAGCCCUGAAGAGUGCAAAAGCGAGAGGCAGUGCUUCCUGGUGGUCUUUUUUCACCGUGAUCUUGGCAGAAAGAGUCGUGAAGCUGAAGUGCACCAUUUGCGGCGAGGUGCUGGGUGCCAAAAAUCCGUCUGCAACAGCUCCCAACCAUCUUAAGAAGCACAACAAGGCAGCAGACAAGGCGCAGGAGGGCAGUGAGGCGGAGGGCGCCAUACCUGCAGUGCCGUCCGGCGCGAAAAGGUCUCGCUCAUAUGACGGCACGCCCACUCCGUCCAUGCGGCUUUUCAUGCCAUCUGCCAACCAGAUAUACGUCUUCCUGAAGAAUCUGGCCUUAUUCUUCUACACCACCAACAUCGCCCUUCACCUUAUCGAGAACCCCUACCUUGUUCAGGCCUGCACUGCCCUGGGGGUCACACUGCCCGGCCGCUGGAAACUAGUAACCACUAUGCUUGACGAGGCGCACGCGGAAACAGUCUCUGAGGUUGCAGACAAUUAG